AUGCUCCCAGAGGCCGCAGCCAUUUCGGCCUCAGUUCCCGCUCCUUCUCGCUUUUCAGAGGGUUUAGUGAUCCCAUUCAAGCAGACCCUACGCGGUGGGGCGGAUUCCUCAUGCUGGAAGACGCUUUGCACCUCACAAGGGGGUUCUUUAGACCCUACCGACCCCUCUAGGCAUUUCAAUUUAGUUUCCACCAAGGCGCUGCCUUUGUUUGGGUAUGAAUUAGCAACUUCCGCGGAAACGCUCCGCGUGCGCGUUCAAAAUGUCCAAAAGUCCUUCCUUGCGCUCUAUUCACUGCUCUCUGCGCAGGAGGAGUGUCUUCAACGCCAGCAAAAGGAACUCCUUUCCCUGCAGGGCGUCCUACCCUCCGCGAGGAUGGAGACGUUUCACCGAAGCUGCCUUAAGCUUCAUCUCCAACGCAUGCUUUUUGAGCAAGUUAUCGUGCGGGGGGUAGUGCGAGAUGCACUUUCCACCUCAGAAGCUUUUUAUUCCUCUGAUGUAAAAAAUAAUCAAUUAGAAACCACUGUUCAGGAAGAUUCCAAUCCGAUGCCUUCUGCUAGCCUUUUGACUGAGGUCUGCCUGAAGUUGAACUCGUUGAAGAGCUUUGUAGAGUUAGAGAUGGCGUGUACAUUUUCGCCAUUAUUGUUUUCUUCCAAUUCCACACCUUCUUUAUAUCCCGCAGCCGUGCAAGAGUCCAUUUGUAUGUGUUGGGCAGCUGCCAAAAGGGAGGUGCCCGUUGACGAGAUUUAUUAUGAUUAUGUUGAUCUUAUAGGAAAAUGGGGACGGCAAUGGCCUUCUACAGCAACUAUUAUCAAAAAUCGCGCCAUUUAUUCGGAAGUUCGCCUUUGUGAGGAUGAGGAAAAGGUAUUUUCAGACAACGGUAUCUUUUCGAAGCUCCGGCGGAUGAUUGCGGAUACCGUGCAGAAGGAAUCUCAUGGUCGAAUAAAUAAAGCACAUCAAAAGGAUUACAUCGAGCAAUGUGGUGAUAAAGAGAUAGCAAAUCCUCAAGAAUUGAUUGAAAUUACAACAACAUCUAUCUUAUAA